AUGAUCCAAGUUGACGGCAAGCGGUCCGAGAACCCUUGCACCUCAUGCCGUGCCCACCACGGGCCCUGGGAUAAAUGCAUGCUCUUGGACGACUUUCUCGGGUUCCAGUGCUGCGCCAAUUGCCACUGGCGCAGCCAGGAAGAUCGAUGCAAAUCCACAAGCAAUACUCCGCCGCUGAAAAGAAAAGAAAAAAAAAAAAACAUUUCGCCUGCCUACCCGGGUCGUCCUGCUCAACUGUCCCCCAUCCCGUUGCAGGAUUUGACCCCGGUGGAGCGCCGUCAGGCCCGUGUCCAGGCUCGACGCCAGGAGAUGGAGGUGCUGGAUCGCCUGGAGACCGAGUCAGAAUGGCUGACUAAAGGCACGCCGGAGUUGUCUCCGCUGGCCAAGGCCUCGCAGCUGCAAUUUGGACGGCUGGUGGUCUUGUUACGGACCAGGGCGCUGGACCAGCGUCGGCGCCAUUCGACUCGAAGAACAUACAACUUCCAACACGAUUAA